AUGAAUAUCCCUAAACAGAACCUCCCUGUGACAGGCCAUGUACUCCGCCAAGUCCGCCGACGCAGCUACGAAGAUCCAAACGAACGCAUUCCCCCGGGUGUGGAAGAAGUGAUCUCACGUGGCUCCUGCCAUGUCGGGCGACUAAACGAUAAAUCAGUCCUGAAAUACGCCUCUGACUUCAACGAUCCCAACUAUCUGAUGAGCAUCAAAAUCGAGUACCGCAUUCUGCAAAUCCUCGGUCCUCACCCCCGAAUCGUCGAAUCCAAAGGUCUUGCCGAAGACGGUCUCAUCCUGAAAUACUACCCCAACGGCACACUCCGCAACUACAUCAAGAACCACCCGUACGAGACACUCGAGCGCCGCAUCGACUGGUGUGAGCAGAUCGUCGAUACUCUGUGUUUUGUGCAUUCCAAGCGCGUCAUCCACUGCGAUAUCUGUCUGCACAAUAUCCUCCUCGACGACAAUUUCGAUAUCAUCCUCGCCGACUUCCAGGGUUUGGUCAUCUCGCGCGAGACCGGCUUGACCAUGCUUGAUGGAUUGACCCGUGAAUGCGCCAAGUCGUACAUGCCGAGGGAGAAUCUCUGGUCUGCGAGUUAUCGGACUGAUCUCUUCGCUCUCGGAUCGGCUCUCUAUCAUCUCAUUAAUGGUCAUGAGGUUUUCCCUGAGUUGGAUAGCUUUGAAGAUGAGAAGAUCAUCAGUGCUCGCUUUGCCAAUGGGGAGUAUCCGAAGAAUGAUUAUCUCGGUGGUCAUAUCGUGGAGAAGUGUUGGCGAGGGGAAUAUGCAUCUGCUGCUGAAGUUUUAACUGAUAUCGCUGAAAUUCAGGCUGCUGUGAGGUUUGUUGAUGAGGCUUUGAAGCAGCUGGAUGUGGAGGCGCCGAUCAAUGAGGGCGAGUACGAAAAGUACGUAAAGUACGAAGAAGAGAUCGAAGAGGGCGAAGAGUAUGAAGAUAAGGAGGACGGAUACUACAAGGAUGAAGAGGACGGAGAGUACGAAGACGAUGAGGACGUCGAAGUGUUGUAA